AUGAACGACAGUGAUGAGAAGAAUCAGGCACCAAAAGCUAAGAAAGCCCGAGCGACCAAACAACAUGAAGAGCCUGAGUACUUUGAGGAGAAACGUAAUCUGCAAGAUUUGUGGAAGGCUGCAUUUCCGGUGGGCGCUGAGUGGAAACUGUUCGAUGCACUUUAUGAACACAAUUGGGAUUUCAAACAUCUUGAAGAAUCAUUGGAGGAAGGAGGAAUGCUCUAUGGCAAGAAAGUCUUUGUUUUUGCCAAUGCAGAACCUCAGAUGGUCCACUACAAAGAUGUAGACAAGGUUGUCCCUGUCCCGACAGUUGUUGCUGUUGAAUCACCCUUUCCGCCUUCUGAUAAGAUAGCAAUCGCAUCGAUUCAGAGAGCAGCGGAGGAAAUCUUUCCAAUGAAGCAGAUGAAGAUGGACUGGGUUCCUUUCAUUCCGUUUGGAAAUAGAGAAAGACAAGUUGAUAGGAUCAAGUUUCAGAUCUUUAUCCUGGCCUGUACGCAGAGGAGAUCUGCUCUCAGACAUGUCAAGGAAGAGCGUGCUAGGGACUUCGAAUAUUGUCUUCCUUACUUCUGUAACCCAUUUAAGGAAGAUGAACUUGAACAAAGUAGUGAGGUCCAACUAAUAUUCCCAUCUGAACCGCCAGUUCAUUGUGAAUUUGACUGGAAGUUUGAUAGACUUGAGGAAUUUGUUGAUAACCUGAUUGAAGGAGAAGAAAUAUCUGCGGAACAAAAGGAUGAGUUCAAAGAUUUUGUGAAAGAGCAUGCUCGAGCAGCAAAGAAAGCCAGGAAAGAGGCAACAGCUGCUAGAAUGAAAGUGAUAGAAGAAAUGAGCGAAGAUGAUAGGCAAGCCUUUGAAAGCAUCAAGGUCUACAAAUUCUACCCUCAGCCUCCACCAGAAAUCUCAGGACUCCUAAAGGCUCCGAAGAUUAACCGAUACUACGGGGAUGCUCAUCAAGUCUUUUGA